UAGAACUAUGUUUAACUUUCCACAUGCUCAUCCUCCGUAUAUUUGCGAAACGUGGCUCUUCUCCCAGUAGCGGUCGCGUUACAUACGGCCAACUGUGUAUUAUACCACCUAGUUUUCUGAUUUGAACAAAUAAAAACGUUUGUGACGUAAACUUUCUACGGAUGGUAGAGAAAAUCAACGUUGCCAUCGUGCACUUGUUAGCCCGUGUCUACCGUACCAUUGUACAAUAAGCGAUUCUUGGGUGAAACUUGGAAGGAUAGUCUAGAGAACGCUUGGUUUUGCCUAUUUGUGAGUCUUGGAUCCAUUGUAGGUGAAAUGUGUGCGAAGCGAUGUAUGUGCUACAUCUAUGAGCUGCAUCUAGUUAUAUAGCCACUGAUUUACGGUUUAACCAUUGUAUUGCAUCCUACAUUGUGUUUUUACAUAACAUACUUUAAUACCAAAAUGGAACCCGUGGCGAUAGACACUGUAAAGCCAUGUAUGGAAACCCAUGUCAAUAAUCUACCAGCAGAAUCAGACACAGCAUACGCUGAAGGUGAUGGUAUAUCUGGAGGUCCAUGUGGAGAAUGGCUGAGAUUUCAAGUAUAUCGCAAAUCUUGUAAUUGUCCCGGUAUUAUACGAAUGUAUCUGGAACAAUGUGAAGAAACGUGCUUUAAAACUACAAUAUUCAUAGGAGAAAGUGGAGAUGAGCGUGAUAUGCUAAGGGCAGAGCCCUCAUGGAUAAAUACAUAUCUCUCUAAGAAUACAAUACAAGAAUCUACGUAUAAUAACUUUGCAUGGGAUGUCUGUUUCUUAAAUGAGUUUACAUAUAAUGUGAGAUAUAAGAUAUCUCUCAAGGGAAGAUUCUUACUCUAUGUAAAACUGGAUGGUAAUGAUAUAUCAGGUUCACCAUUUGAGGUAUACAUAUCAGAUGGAAGGCCAUCCAGUCUAUUCAGCAGGGUAACCAAUAAAUUCCCAUUACGGUGCGUGGCUAUGCCACUGAUAAAGCCAAUUUUGGAUAUAAUUGAUGAUGAAAAAUGGGAUGUAUACGGACUGAAAAGCAAAAAUGAGGAGUUCCAGGUGAAGAAAAAUGCAGUAUUAAGUUAUCUCGACAAACACUCUCUUUCCAAUGAAAUUGUACUAAACAUAUGUGAUAAAAAUGGAGAACCAGUAACCAUUGCUUUGCCGUAUAUAAAAGCCUGGAGUACAAACCAUGGAAAGGUUAUAGGUGUCCAAAAUAUAGGUAAUGGAAUUGUCUCAGUCAAAUACAUAGUAGUUAUCCCAAAAGACAAGAUCAAAGAAGUCUCAAAUCUAGAAAAAGACACAACAUUAAUCUUGGAACACACAAAAAACUUUAAUUCACCUUGUAGUGUAUAUCUGGAAGUGGAUGGUAAAGGGGUAUACGGUAGCCCCUUCAUUCCAGAAAUUAUAAACACGGAUAUGCUUCAAAAGUAUUAUGAAUCGAUUCCGGAUGAUUUAGAUAUUUUCAGGUCCAAUAUUCAGUCUUUGUUGAACAAGAAUGAUUUUGAUUCUUGCCUGGAUGCUAUACAGAAUAUGUUUGAUUCAACAAAUGAAGAAAGUCAUAAUGCGUUUAUAUUAGAGUUAAUCUCAAAGUUAUUUUUAUCGAAACUGAAUAGUAUAAAUUCUGAUAACGUUACUAUUGAAAGUUACAUGCACAAAAUUGACUUUAUAAAAUCACACAGUUUGGGUGAAUUGCACAAGUUUGUCGAAAAAAAGUACCAAGUAAUGUUAAAGCACAAAACUAGCGGCAUACUAAGUUGUAUUAAAGAAUUAAACAGCUACAGUGCGUCAGCCGAUGGUGGUAAGGGUGGAUUUAAUAACUUGGGUGAUGUUAUACUGAACUACCGGAGAAUAGGAGAUGAAUUAAGAAAAUUACAUAGAUACGAAUUAGCUGACAAAGUUGACGCUAUAAGUGAUAAAAUUUGUGAAGAAAUUGAACUGUCUAGAUUGGAAAAUAUAAUUAAACAUAAGGAAGAAAAAAUAUCGCAACUAAAAAUAAAGGUAAAAGAAUCUAAAGAAAAACUUAAUUCAUUCAAAGACACUGUUUAUUCAAAAUAUGAAAAUAUGACACCAAAACCAGUUCCAAAAGUGCAGAUAAAUAAAUCGGUCCAAACGGUAUCUGAGGAAAAUGUAACUUGUAGGCUAUUGCCCUUGGUAAAAUCCAGAUGUAAUGAUAGUGAUACUGUUGAUGAAGUAGAACAACUGAUAGAUACGCAUUGGAGAAGAUGUAGCAAUCAUGACAUUCACUCUACCGUAAACAAGGUGUUAAAAUCAAGCAUAAGACUCAAAAACGCUAUAAACGAAAUAUUCUUUUACUACAGCAAAGAAUAUGAAACUGAUGAUAAUAUGUUGAAAUAUGGAAUAAUACAAACAUCCCUAGAGAGAUUCCAUGUGGAAUGUAAGAUUAAUAAAACGUUAAUGUCUAGUAAAAAGAGGUUGAACUUGCUUUUUGAGAAAUUUUCCAUAUACGUUCCAAAUGGAGAACGUUUGAUACCAGAACAUAUGUGGUGUGUAUAUCUAAGAGAACUAGCAUACUUAAACUUGCUUUACAUAAUAGCUGAAUCUGGAGAUGUAACUCUAUUUAGAGAUACUCGCCAUCCCUCUAGGUUGGUAUCUUUUCAUCACUUUUGUGAAUCACAUUUACUGGAUCUAUACUACAAACUAUACACAAGUAGGCCUGAGUUCCAAAAGCAUGUCAUAUUCCACAAUACUAAAAAAUCGGUUAGUAAUUACAAAUAUCAAAAGGGAAGUGGUCAAAUACGUCAUUUUAUCUCAAAAGAGGAAUUGUCAAAUUUUAUCAACAACAAGGGAUCGGAGUUGGUAUUAUCUAACUUGGAUGUUGAACCGUUGAAACUAUUGUUUAAACAUUACACUCGUUUAUCCAUGUAUGGCAAGCAGAAUAUAGAGCCAAAAGAUUUCAAAUGUGAUGACAGCUCCUGGAUGUCAACAGCAAUGUUUGUUGUGCUUGUAAGAGAUUUUUCAAUAAUACCCGGCUACAUUGAUGGCUCUAACGUACAACACAUAGCUGAUGGAGUCAUUUCUAGCCGUAACCAGGAUCAAUCAGAUACUGUGCAAAAAGGAAGACUGUACUUUAACGACUUUGUUGCUGCAAUAGUAAAUGUAGUAUCAAGUGCGAUAUACAAAAUUUGUAUGGAUCGCCACACUCUCUAUUCUAAAAGUAUCAAAGAUAGAAUGCCAAAAGUAGAUGUGAAAAAAGAUUCAUUCGAUGAGAUCAAAUCAUGCAUACAAUCAAAGGAAUCUGUCGUGGAAGAUAUCAAGGAGCUAAUCAGGAUCCUUGGUAUAAGCAAUAUACUGUAUAUCAAUACUACAAUUGAUGCAAUAUACGGGCCAGAUGCACUAGACUAUCUUUGUCAACAUCACAAACGAAGGUAG